GGAACCCAAACAGAGAAUGAGCCUCAGUGUGAAAUAGGAACUGCCUGCACUGGUGCUGGGAGGAUGCAGCCACCACCCCUCCACUGCAUGUGAUUUGGAUGCUGGAGGUCUUCUGGAGCAGUGGCCGAGGAAGGAGCCAUGAGCACCCCCACGGUGAAGGGCAUCCUGUCCCUACUGCUCCUUGCCUGGCCAUCUGCUGGACUCACUCACCAGUCUCCGAACACAGCCGUCGUGUCCUUAGGGUCAGAUCUCACCCUUCAGUGUCUGCCCCAGAUGGUGCCAAACAGCCGUGACAAGGAAGUGGAGUGGUGUAGCAAGCUAAAGAUAAAGAAGAUGAUAAAGGAAGACAUGGGGGUUCUUCUACACAAGGAAAAUGGCUUUUCCAACCUCACCUUUACAAGCGUGGACGAAAAGUAUGCUGGAAACUACACAUGCAAGAUGAGGAUCUCACGCUGUGUGGGUGGUAAAAACAAGAACUGCCCAUGCAAGAGCCACAAGGCCACCGGUACCUACGGCGGGGAGUUAGGUGGCCAGCCAAAAACUUCAGCCAGCAUCGUGCUGUGCAUGUUCAUGGUCUGGGCAGAGAAUAUGACCAUGCACGUGAGGUGGUGGACGUGCCCAGAGCUUCCUGGUGACCCUGUGGAGCACGGCAAGGUACAUCACAGUAACAGCCAUGGCAGCACGGACGCAGCCAGCGCAGAGCCCACCGUGCAUACCGUGUCGAGCAGCAGCUUCACAGGCACUGAGAAUGCCACCCAAGGGAUGGCUCCCAGCUCUGACCCCGAGACCUCUCCGACCCGUGAGCCUCAGACCCGGCAAGAUCUCAUAGCCAUCGUCUACAUGUACGCCAUCCCCGGGUUAGUGGUGGUGAUUCUUCUCCUCCUGCUCUGUAUUUUGGUGUGCCUGUGCAGAAGAAACCAAAGGAAUGCUAAAGGAACUCCUGAAAGCAAGCAUGCAGCAGAGAUGAGUCAGCUCAGCACGCCUCCCCCAGCACCUCAGGCCGAGGAUGUGACGUAUGCAAAGCUGAUCUUUGACAGGUCAGGGGUGAUGCCUGAGGCCUCAGAAGUGGUGUACACGGAGAUAAAACUGCUGCAAAAGAAGUAGAGGGCCGAGGAUGGCCACGCUGCUCUGCAAAGGGAAGGCCUGUCAGCAGGAAGAGUGGGAAAGGGGGGACAAGCAGCUCAUGGCACGGCUGCCAUGCUGUGAGCCUUCAAAACCAGGCGUUCGCUCGUGUCAGUGUGGCCUGCGGAACCAAACUCCAUAUAACCACAAAGUAGUUAUAAAAUCAGGUACGUUUUAAUCAACGCUGCGCAGAGUUGGAUGCAAGGCGGAUAGCUCCUCCUAACUCGCAUACCGGUCCGCAGAAAUGUUACCCAUCUGUAAGUCAACUUCAUACAUAUUUAAUAGGUUACGUUGAACCCCACUCCAUAUUCAUUAAUCAAGUCCCUCCCCUCUGGCACAUGCUUUGUAUUCUCCUCCGGGUGGUCGCAUCCCCAUCUGGUGGUCCCUUGGGAUGAAGUAAACACUCUUCCUCAUUGUCUUGCUGACAAGGAGUCUGGUACCUAUGUCUUUCUCACCACAGCAGAAUGCUCCUGUGGGAUGUAAGCAGAAUCUAAACCGUCCAGGUAGAAUUGCAAAAAUCAAACCCUCUUCCAUUAAGCGGAAUCAAUUUGAAUCAAAUCCCCCCUUUUCCAGUCCCCCCUUUCCUUCCACCUAGCAAAUUCUUUUGCUAGGCCAUUCCAUUUCGAAAGAGCGGGGGCUUGAAAUAGCCCCCACUUUCUGUUUUCUGUCAUAGCUCGUGCCUUUUCCACUCCUCAUAACUACUUCCAGUACUUUUACACAACCACAGUGCGCACUCCAUUGCAAUGCAUACGAAAAUAAACAAAAAUACCAUAAUAA